AUGCCUGCUUUCGUACGUUUAUAUCCGUCCAGCAGCACCCAUUACUACACUUGUGAAGAAGUAUGUAAUUGUGUGCAAUUUCAGAUGGACUUCCUUCACACUACACCUGUGCUGCAGUUGUCGCAGUCGUCGUCGUCGAACGAGGAGACGAUACAGUCGAAUACUGAAACUCCGCGAUUCGAGAGCAUUGAGAGGCCAUCGCUGUCCUAUAAGGACCUCAUCAUCGAAGCCAUAGAGAGCAGUCCCGAUAAACGAUUAAAGCUCAAUGAGAUAUAUCAGGUAAUCCGUCUAUUGCAUCCUUAUUAUCGUCAUCGACCAGAUCAAUGGGGUUGGCAAAACUCAAUUCGCCACAAUUUGUCACUCCACGACUGCUUCGUCAAAUUACCACUGAAACAGACCUCUGCUAGCGGAGUUGUAGGACAUUUUUGGACCGUAAUACCUGAGCUGAGCGAUAAACAAACUCUUCGCCGACGUAACCGAGCUCCAAAUCGAAGCGGUAAUCGUACGAAAGCAGUUGAUCCGUUAACAGAUGUCGUGAUGACACGAGAAGAAGCCGCUUCUUCUGGAAGCGGGGACACGUCUCCGAGCCCAUCACGUCCUUCCAUAAGUCCUCCAACUGAUUUACCGAAACCGACAGCUAGUUAUGGUGGCAUAGAGAACAUCUUGGGAGACAGUUACAAGGCGUAUGGACAAUCGUUGCUCAACGCUUAUUUCUAUCAACACGGUAGAGUACUCAUUUUUGCGUUUCAGUGUUUGGAAUGCCAAAGUAAAAGUGGACGAAUCUGCUUAAUAAGAAUUUUCACCUAG